AUGACAGUUGCAGAGUACGAAUUGAAUGAAGCUAGAUUCUUGGAGUUGCUGACCAAGUUGAUCGCCGAAGGUAAGACCCUCCAGAAUCAACCACCAGAAUUGAUCCCAGUCGAAGACAAUGCCGGUCGUCAUGUCUUGGCUGCAUUGGAGCCAUACACCGUCGAGAAGGGUGGUGUCUUGAAGGUCGAGCACAUCGCAUUCCACAAGGGACGUGGUAAUAUUCUCAUCCAAUACCCAGGUACCGUCGAGAACAAGUGUAUCUCAUUCGUCGGUUCUCAUCUCGACGUCGUACCAGCCAUCGCUGCCAACUGGGAGCGUGAUCCAUUCACUCUCGUCAUCGAAGGUGAUCGUCUCUACGGACGUGGUACCACCGAUUGUCUCGGUCACGUUGCACUCCUCACAGAUCUUUUCAUCACCUUAGCAACAAAGAAACCAGCUUUGAAACACUCAAUUAAUGCUGUAUUCAUUGCCAGUGAAGAGAAUGAUGAAAUUCCAGGUGUAGGUGUUGAUGAAUUGGAUAAGCAAGGUAAGAUCGAUCAUUUGAAAUACGGUCCACUCUACUGGGUAGACUCAGCAGAUAUGCAACCAACCAUCGGUACCGGUGGUGCUCAGAAUUGGAAUUUGAAAGCCUGUGGAAAGAUCUUCCACAGUGCCAUUCCAAACAAGGCAAUCAACACCAUUGAACUCGCCAAUGAAGCAUUGGCCGAAGUCCAAAAGCGAUUCUAUGCCGAUUUCCCAGCACACCCAGAGGAACACCGUUACGGAUACGAAGUAUCAUCCACCAUGAAACCAACACUCUGGAAGAAGAUCGAUGGAUCCUACAACCAGAUUCCAGGUGAAGCCGUCAUUUGCGGUGACAUUCGUCUCACCCCAUUCUACGACAUGGCCGAGAUGCGUAAGAAAGUAGAGUCGUACGUCGCCGACAUCAACUCUAACAUCACCGAUCUCCGUAACCGUGGUCCAUUCAGCAAGUACUCACUCCCAGAGGAAGGUCUCACCGGUAAGAUCGAAAUCGAAUGGAUCGGUGAAUCAUCACCAGGUGUUGCAUGUAACAUUGAUUCCAAAGGAUACCAAGCAUUGGGACAAGCCACUAAAGAAGUUACUGGUGAAUUGAAACCAGUUUCAACAUGUGGAACCUUACCACUUGUAAAGGAUCUCCAAGCAAGUGGAUUCGAUCUUCAAAUUACUGGUUUUGGUAAAGAGGAAACUUAUCAUGCUGAUAAUGAAUACGCUUCAUUGAGUGAUUUCAAGAAGGCCAUUAAGAUCUUGACCAGAACCAUCGAUCUUUUGGAACAACAACAAUAA